GCUUCGUCUAGAGAGUGUGACAACUGUUUACCACUCAUUUCUUCUCAUUUCGUCGGUAGCAUUGAGACGAGGCCAUGUCGGAUGCAGAAACGAGAAGCCAGCUACUGAUACGGCAAUUCGAAAAUUUGAAGCGAGGUGCAGGCUCGCAAAAGCGUGUGUACGAGAACGUUCCCACAAAAAGCAAAAGGGAAGCUCCGCCAAUACCGCCACGACUACCACGAGAGACCCCAAGAACGUAUUCAAAUGUGGAAUUCUUACGCGAUCAACACAGCGGACGCCAGCAUCCUCGUCGCCCGUCCGUCGACCAACGACCGAACGACUUCGAAGAGCUGGCGACGAAAAGAGCCCCUCCGGUACCACCGAGGUAUCGCAGCGACUCUAGAUCUUCAUUGCAAGGCCACGUCAUGAAACGACGAGACACCGGGUUUGAAUCAGGCGAUGAUGAAGAAGAAGACCGAGACACCACUAGUGGUUUCGACCAAUUACCACCCAAGUCUGAAAUCGACCCUCCAAAGGGUUACGUCAGGGAACGGAAUGACAUCAAGAUCGAUCUGCCAAGCUCCAACGAAAGGUACCUGACGGACGACAUAUGCAAGCUGUUGUUCAAGAGUAAGAUGACCGACAGGACGGCAUCCGUUGAAGGAAGGAAGAGGAACCACUCCUACGGCAUCAGAGCUCGCACUCCCGAAUGGAUUUAUUCCGAAGAAGUCGAAUUUAUCAUCUUUACUAUCAGAGAUCAAUUCAUCGGUUGGGGGAAUUUCGAGUUUGUCGAGCGAAAACAAUUCAUUCCACCUUCGGUUUCGAUCAACGUCAAUGUCGACGGGGACUGGCGCACUUCGGAAUUUGUUCGUUGGGUAUUCGGUUCGUCUCAGAGUUCAUCUUCAACCGCUGAUCGCCCUCUCAGAUUUCCGGUUCAAGAAUCGACCUACUCGUUGCAAGUGUGUUUCACUGAAUCCAACACAUUUAUGAGAGAUCUGUUGGACAGAGCAAUUGCAUUUGCUCUGACGUACGGCAUUCCUGACGGCGUCUCUUUGGCGGACAUGUUCUCUGACGUACGGAACUGAAAAAGAUACUAGAAUCGUCGCAGUUCGCUGAGGGGUCAUUGAUUAG